AUGCCAUUUGGAUACAAUUUCGAUUUCUACGAGCCAAAUGAGGAUUCCUUCGUCUUCCUGGAUCUGCUUCGGUCUGAGACAAUCUCAGGCCAAGUUGUCUGUGACAUGGGCUCAAGCACCGGCAUCCUCAGCCGCCACCUCGAUAACACCAACCUGGUUGUGAAUGUCGACAUAAAUCGCAUUGCUCUCCUCAACAACAGAAAUGGAAACAGAAUCCUCUCCAACUUGUUCACUGGGAUAAAUAUCAAUGCAUUUGAUACCGUGAUAUUCAAUCCACCCUACGUGAUAAACGAGGAUGGCCCAGAAUUCACUGAUUCCAAACUGAAUUCAGUGGUGCUUGAGGGUGGCCCAGAUGGAUGUGCUGUGAUUGAUGAAUUCCUCCAAUUGGUCAAUCACAGUCGAGUCCGCCUGGUCUAUCUUCUCUGUAUCGCUGCAAAUGAAACCAGGCAGAAAAUACCUGAUAAAAUUGACAGUGACAAGUACACCGUAAAAGAAAGGGCCAGAAAGAAGAUCGUUGGUGAAACCCUGAUAAUUUACGAAAUCAGACGAAACUGA